AUGAAGGAGAUCGUCGUGGAGACGGAGACGACGUACGCCACUCUGAACGUCAACGUGUCGGGUUACGACAUGACGGUGGUGGAGCAUUUCUCCCAGCACAUCCACAACCUCUGCAACCGGCUGGGCAUCAAAGUGUUGGACUGCUAUGCUUUGCAAACCAAGACCACCGAGGUCUGGCUGAUGCAGGAGCAAGGCACCAAGAUGUCUGUGGACUCCUUCCUGAAGACUCACAACCGAGUCGUGCAGUUAAGAAGUCUGAACGCCACCAUGUGUCCUAUUUUCCUGGAGGUUCUUUUGAAGAAUCAACCAGAGGGAGUGCAGCUGUCGGUGCAGGAGCACACAGAGGUAGAUUACAAAACUCGCUUCAAGGGCCGUCCUGAACUCGAGGGUCUCAAGGCGAAGAUCAGCAACUAGGACCCCAGACUCACCUUCUCCACUUUCACUUUCCUGACUCCUUAAACUGUUCGUCACUCACAUUUUAGAUCUGGUUACCUGUGUUUAAUUGUUUGUAUUUAUUCACUGCUGUUUAUGGUGAUCAUUUGCAUAAAAAAAGAACCGUACACAUUCAUGUUUGACUUUCUUUUGUGACAAUUUGAAGACAAUAAAACCAAGUCUUUUUUACAACGCAAGACAUUGUCAUAUUUACUGCUCAAAUUACAGUUACUUAAUUUUUUUAACAUUUCAACGACAUACAAUUUUUUCGGCAUUAAAGAACCAAAACAACAAAAAAACUUCAAUCUCUUCAUUAGUCAUACAAAUCUAACAUUAUAUACAUUAAGUCAAGCACGUUACAAUAACACAUCAAAAGUCAUCUCUUUCUCUCAUUUCUUUGAUGAAUUAAUCUACUCUCAAAAGCUUUAGAACUGUGAUAGAUACAAAAUAAAGUAUUUCAACAUUAUAAUCUCUUUUAGACUUGACAAACAUUGGGUUUACAUCACCUAUUUGGCUAAGAGUAAAAUAGUAUUUCAAAGAAAGAAAUUAAACGUGGAAAGAAAGAUAUA